CGGCGCGUGCGCGUGCGCAGCCGAAGCGGAGCCCAAACGGAACUUGAGCUGUGUCGCAGCCGAGCCGAGUGGAGUAGAGCCGGAGCUGGUGGCACCAUGCUGUCACCCGAGGCGGAACGGGUGCUUCGGUAUCUGGUGGAGGUGGAGGAGCUCGCCGAGGAGGUGCUGGCGGACAAGCGGCAGAUUGUGGAUCUGGACACCAAAAGGAAUCAGAACCGGGAGGGCCUUCGGGCUCUGCAGAAGGAUCUCAGCCUCUCCGAAGAUGUGAUGGUCUGCUUCGGGAACAUGUUCAUCAGGAUGCCUCACCCUCAGACGAAGGAAAUGAUCGAGAAAGAUCAGGAUCAUCUGGAUAAAGAAAUAGAGAAACUCCGCAAACAACUUAAAGUGAAGGUCAACCGCCUCUUUGAGGCCCAAGGCAAACCAGAGCUGAAGGGUUUUAACCUGAAUCCCCUCAACCAGGAUGAGCUUAAAGCUCUCAAGAUCAUCUUAAAAGGAUGAAAUUCAAGAAAGGAUGGGGGACCUAAGACAGCACCCCCACUCCCACCCACCCUCACGGUCAUGGAGGACCCAGGAUUCCCACUUUGAGACCUGCAAGGACAUGGUCCACCCUGCCGGAAGAUGGGCGUCAGGAAUCUCCCCAUGAAAAGCCUCUGUCUGUGGGGAUUGGCUCUUUGAUGGCAGCAAGGAGCCCUCUGCCUGCCAGUGUCUGGUGGCUCUGACUGCUGGGGCUGGAUGGACACAAGCCCCAUUGAGAGGCCCUGGCAGCCGCCAGUGCUGAGUGGAGGCAGUGCCCGUGGGGGCAUGAGAGUGACCGAAAGAGGCACUUUUCACAAGGGCCUGCUGUUCAUAUGGGCCUGGACGUCGGGGAGCCUCAUUCCUGCAUUCCUCUCCAGGAGAGCGGCGUUCUCGGGUGGCACGCGCUGGGAUUGGAAUAAAGCAGGAGGCUCGCAGGUGGCUUCUGGAUGAAAGACAGAAUCUUACUGCUUUCUAGUUCACCAAGCCAUCUGAGGGCCACACAUACCAUCCCCCCAGCACUGCCUCCACUUCGGCCCCUUUUCCCCCUGCUUGCCCCGGAUGGAGCCCAGAGUGGGGGAGUGGGUGCUGCUUACCAAACUCACCUGCCCUUGAGUCAAGAAGGCCUUGCAGAGUCCCACACCACGCAUGGGUGAGGGGGCUGCCUCUACCACCUCUGAAGGCAGGCCUGGGUCAUUGUCACUCACGGUUCCCUCCUGCCUUCGCUGGUCUCCGGUCCUAAUGGGCUAUGAGCAUGGUGUCUUUCAUGUCAUUGAGGGCUUAGUAAAUGUUUCCUAAACGAA